AGUUUCACGUUCAUACGAAGGAAAAACAGGUCAGCAUGUUGGGUCGUGCCUGUAGUCGUCUUAGCGAGGUCGUGUGUCGGUCCUUCACCCGGUCUGUCGCCACUGCCACGAAGGACACGAAGGUCGGGGUCGUUGGCUGCGGUCAAGUGGGUCAAGCUGUGUCCAACAACCUCGUUAACAAAGGAUUCAAGGUCGUAGCUGCUUGCGACACGGACAGGUCACGCCUCCUUGACCUGCCUUCGAGUAUACGUCACGUGACCACGCCCAGGGAGGUCACCGAACUCGCCGAUGUCGUUGUUUCUUGUCUGCCGAAGCCCCCCAACGUGAGGGCGGCGUCGGAGGGGCCGGACGGCAUCCUGGCCGGCAUCAGCGAGGGCAAAGUGUGGAUCGACCAUUCCACCACGGAGUUCGAGCAGACGGAGUUUUGGCUAUUCGCUGGUGAACAUAAAAGCCAGCUGUUUAUGGGAUAUCCAGCUGUUCACGAGAAAACCAUCUGCGUUCGUGAAUGUACACUUGUACACCUGUGCAAAGCAGAUUCACCUGGGUGUAGAGAGCAGAAUCACCUGUCGGAAUCUGCACGUAAAAAUGAAAAGCAAAAAUUGUACAUCUUGGGAACCAGCUGCGAGCUAAGUGACCCGGCCGUUGAUGCCAUCUUGGAGGUCGAGGUAUUUUCACGCCUCGAUAAGCACCCAUGUGGUAACAGUAAAUCGUAA